ACUGUAGGACGCGUCCCCCAAACCGCACACUCCCGCACCGCACUACCGCAGCAUGGCGUCAGGCUCUGACAGACUGUUUAGUAUUGGAGUUUGAGACGCCACCGGUACAUCCGGGGAUUCUUAUUUUUCAGUAUGCAUUACGUUCACGCGUUUAGAUAUGAAGGAAUGCUUGACAUGGUGUUGGAAUGUGAAUGAUCUUUAUGGACUGCAAAUUAGUAAAUUUAUGGGCAAAUUCUAGAGAAAUUGUAGAGAAAGUAAAAGCCCCCUACUUUUCCGUCCUCAACCCCUCUUCAUGGAGAAAGGAGAAAAGGUUUUGGAGAAACAUAUCUACAAACUUACGAAUUCUAAAAUGAAAGCAUUAAUCAUCGUGGUCCUUGUCCUGCUACACGUACAUGUGCAGGAUGCGAUUCCAUCGAACCGCUGGUCCUGCUACAGAAAGAAGGUGAAGGAUAGAAACUGCCUUGAUGUUGGACCGGAGAGGAUGAGGCCCAUCGAGUCGCUGAAAAAUCAUUACUGGGAAGGCAACGAAUGUGACAUAGUGUGUUACUGUAACCUCCUUGAGCUGCUGUGCUGCCCCAGGACCGUCUUCUUUGGAUCGAAAAUCUCCUUUGUGAUUCCAUGCAAAACGUCUGACACUGGACUUUGAGGGGACCAAACGUUUGCGAUGCAGAUUAAAAAAUCUUUUCAAGACCAAACGUCGAAGCAGCGGAAAAACAUUCUGUGCUAAUUUUGUUAUACAGCAUGCAAUGUCCAUUUACAUGUAUCUAGUUAAACGUAAAUCUGUUUGGUCGCUGUUUGUGCACAAUCUGUCCUCGUUUAUGGCGGUGUGUCCCAUCCUGGAGGUCUGUUGUUCGGAUACUAACCCUAAUCUAACACAUAUGAUCCAUCUGUACUCCGUGCCUCCACACAUUCUGUACCGAUGUUCUAAUUAGCCUAUUGUUUACAUUAGGUGAGAUAUGUUUAUACUGUAUGUAGUUUCAUUUAUUAGAUCCAGGUGUGAUAAAUGAGAAAGCAUGAGCUUUAAACUGAUGCCUAAGAUUAUCCUGUCAUGCAUUUCUCAACUUCAAAUCUCAAUUCACCUCAAAAUUACCAUAAAAGUAAUUUCUACAAUCAAUUUAAAUGGUGUAACGGAGCGAAAAUCAGACAGUGCUAUAACUAUGGGGAACUAUGCCUCAGGCUGUUGUGGGUCUAAUUACAGGGAUUCGGAGUUCUGAAGGAUUUCUGAUAAAAUUUAUAAAAACAAAGUCUUUAAAUGUAUAAAUGUUACUAACGUUUAUUGAACGCAAAGCAUGUCCAGUUAUGGUUUUGGUGUAACCUGAAACAAUGUAAAGUGCAGAUCUGAUGAUUGCAAAUUAUUACAAGGUUGCGAAAAGAACAUUUUAUGUACAGCAGUGUCAACAAAAAUAAACAACAUAUGCCAUACAUGAUAGUUCUCCAUGUGCACAAAAUUUUUAUGUCAUUAAUUUGUUCUCUCCUAUCUGCCUGAAGAAUUGUUUAUAGUUAAUGAAUCAAAUGUGUGGCAGGACUUUUAUUUUCUGACGCCAAGUUUUUCUGAACUCGCAAAUUCUCAAGUGAAUUCUGAUCUCUAGUGGCAGAUUUCUGUACAUGAUCUUCAGGAAGCGAUCAAGCACACAUGGAGUGAUCUUUCUAAUUCUAUGCAUGGCUGGGUCCAGCAAGUUCUAAAGAAUAAAGGACUUUAUACCAAGUAUUGAUUGUUGCCUCAAUACUUUUGAUCAUUUCUGUACUAAUAAGAACAUUAUGCCAUGUCAAACAUGACUUGAGAAUUAUAUGAUUGCUAUUUAAACACUACAAAUGCUUUGUAAUAUUCCAGUGUACUAAAAAAAUUCCUGCCAUGUUUACUUUAUGAUGCAAUUCUUAUUUGGAAUUCUUGAAAUGUUCACAUAAUUCAGUCUUUCUUUGUGUUGAACUCUGUCAGAGUACCAGGUCACUAGCACUGAAUAACUUCCAUUAUUAGGCUCAACUUUGGCUGUGCUUA